AUGUUACAGUGUGAAUUUGCCGGUGAAGUGGUACGGUACGAAGAUGCGAAGAAACGCUGGGAGACAUAUUCGAAGACGGAAACGUCGCCUGUGAUUCUGUGUCUGACGUCACGUCUCUUCGUUGACGCUACCAUUCGUGGAAAUGUCUCUCGUUAUGUACGACAGUCGUGCCGACCUAAUGCAAGGCUGGAAGUUUGGUCAGUGAACGGAAACUACCGAGCUGGCUUGUUCUCACUAGGUGAGAUCACGUCAGGAAGCAAACAUAACCCAGUUGAUAUGAAGGCUUCGUUGACCGCCCGAUUGCUUCUGCAAGUGAUCUGUCAAUCAACGAAGAACGUGUCGUUCGCAAAAAUCACUUGUUUUGAAUUCUCCAACGCGGCCCAGAGCGCAAUAUCUGAGCAGGCGCUCCACUGGUGA